GGGCAAUGUCGUAAUAUUAUGGGAAAUGUAUUAUCAUUUGCGAAUAUCCGGUUAUGAUAAUUUCAGCUAAUUGUUUAAUGUUAAGUUUUACUAAAGUGAUUUAAAAUGAAUAUUGUUAAUAAAAUGACCGGAAAAAAUGAAGAUGAAUACAAAAACAAGCUAAUAACUGCUGUCAAAAAAGAAGUGAAGCAGGUGAUGGAAGAAAGUGUAACCAGGAAAUUUGUUCAUGAAGAAUCAGGUUCUGUAACAUCUCUAUGUGGAGCAGUUGAAGCAUGUUUGUCUCAAGGUCUACGCAGAAGAGCCCUUGGCCUAUUCAAAACCUCAUCUACGACGGCUCUACUACACAAAAUAGCCAAGCACAGCCCUGAAGCAUCAAAUAUAUCGAAAAAGGUACAAGAAAUAGAAAAUUUAGACCCCAAUAGACGCUCAUCGAGCAGCAGUGACAGCUUAACUAAGCCCACCUUAAAAAAGAAUGUAUCACUACAAAGCAACGCUGUUUUUCCGAAAUAUUUAUGGAUAAGGUUGGCGCUAUUCAACAAACAACUGGCAAAAAUAAUCGAUUAUCUGGUUUCGAACGCUGAUAAAUAUUACAAUUCCGACGCUUUAGUGGCGGAUCCCGAUUACGGCAGCAUUUUGAGUUCCUUAUUGGUCGGUCCUUGCGCCCUCGACUAUUCCAGGACCAAAAGUCAGGACCAUUUUUGGACCGACCCGCCAGCAGACGAGCUGGUCCAAAUACACAGAAUUUGCAGGUGUCCAUCCACACCGCCUUCCGUCAGGAAAUCUGUCGUGAGAAAACCUCUGAACGCGAGCUCUGAGGAUUCAAUGGCAGGUAGAUCGAGCACUCAAAGCUUGGCCAAGGAUUACGUUGAAUCUUUGCAUCAAAACUCGCGAGCUACCUUACUGUUCGGUAAAAAUAAUGUGCUGGUGAUGCCGUUGAAUUCCGAUGUAUCUCGAUCCAUACCGGGGUAUUUGAGUUUGCAUCAGAUGGCGUCAGGUCUUACCAUCAAGUGGACUCCAAACCAGUUGAUGAACGGGUGCGGGGAGGAGAUAGCCGAUAAAAAUGUCUAUUGGGAUUACGCUUUGCAAGUACGUUUGGACGAAAUAGUGUACGUUCAUUGUCACCAAGACGUUGAUACUGGUGGUACUGUUAUUCUAGUGGGACAGGAUGGUGUCCAGAGACCACCAAUACAUUUUCCCAAAGGGGGACACAUGUUGGGCUUCCUUUCUUGCAUAGAGACGGGGCUUUUGCCCAGAGGUAGGUUGGAUCCACCUCUGUGGAGCCAAAGACAAGGCAGCAACACCAAACGUAGACGACCUUUGCCUGCUCUGUCUGAAAGUGAGGAGACAUCGAAGCAUUACGUCUUCAGAAUCAUAGAUAAUAUGAAUCCUAAGGAUAUUUUGUUUAAGAGAAACGUCUUAAUGGACACCACAGCUCUACUGUCGACUAAAGUUAGGGUGCAACUUGGAAGUACCAGUACUAGUUCGGAAAGUUCCUCCAAAAGUUUUAGUUUAGAUCAUCAAAACGUACCUGAUUCGCCACCUAGCAUCUGUAUACAAGCCGUGUGUGAUUCUAUGAAGCGACAGUUCAUCUCAAGAGCGUUCUACGGCUGGUUGGCAUACUGCAGGCACUUAUCCACAGUAAGAACCCAUCUUAGUGGUUUGGUGAACAGCAAAAUAAUACACAGUGAGGGGGCAAAAGAAGGCAUAACACCCCAGAAAUGGAUUGAACUGUACAAAGACGAAAUUCUACACGAUCACAACGAAAUAUACCGACUGGUUUACUUUGGUGGCAUUUGCAAUGAUGACAUACGCCGCGAACUAUGGCCCUACCUUCUAGGUCACUACAAGUUCGGAAGCACCAAGGAACAAAGACACGAAUUGAGCGAAGAAACCAAACAAGCGUACGAAAACACCAUGUCCGAAUGGUUGGCAGUCGAGGCGAUAGUCAGGCAACGAGAUAAAGAAAAACAAGCUAAAGCCAUAGCUAAAUUGAGCAGCGAAAGUAUGUCUGGGGAUGCCCCACAGAUUCAAAGAAGUCUCAGUAAUGAUGUUUUCGAAGAUAUCUCCGAUACUGACACAUCGAAUCCUGAGAUUGGGAGUAGUGAAACCUCACCUGAAAAGAAACCACUAAAAACGAAACAAAACACCAUUAAGUAUGACGACGACGAUGACGAAGAAGAGAACAAGAAUCUCAACGUGGAAAAAAUCCUCAUCAACGGUUUAUGCGAGGAGGAAAUCAUCAAAAACGAAGACGUUAAAGAGUGCACUGAAGAAGAGUUGAAGGAUUUCAUUCACAACGUUAUAGUUACUAACCCCAGCGUGGAUAUGUCGGUUUUAGGUAGUGAAUCUCCGCGUAGAGACCAUCUGGAUGCUGUAACGGAAGAAAAUAACUCUUCUCUGGAUACCUGCAUUGAGACUCACGGUUUGGCAUCGCCGGCUAGAUCAGCUUGCGUCUCGCCUGCUAGUUCUAAUGGUGGAAUAUAUAGUCAAGAACUAUUAGAGACAUUCGGUUUAAACCUACAUAGAAUAGAGAAAGACGUUCAGAGGUGUGAUAGGAACUAUUGGUACUUUUCUGGGGACAAUGGUCUGGAUAAGUUGAGAAACGUUAUGUGUACAUAUGUUUGGGAGCAUUUGGAGGUUGGCUAUGUACAAGGCAUGUGCGAUUUGGCAGCGCCUUUGUUGGUCAUCUUCAAUGACGAAUCUCUAACCUACGCAUGCUUUUGCCAUUUGAUGGAAAGAAUGGUAGAGAAUUUCUCCAAUGGAAACGCCAUGGACUGUCACUUUGCUAACAUGAGGUCUUUAAUACAGAUUUUAGAUUCAGAAUUGUAUGAGUUAAUGCAAUCACAUGGAGAUUACACCCACUUUUACUUUUGCUACCGCUGGUUUCUUCUGGACUUUAAGAGAGAACUAGUCUACUCCGACGUAUAUGCAACAUGGGAAGUCAUUUGGGCCGCCCAGCAUAUAUCCAGCACACACUUCGUGCUAUUUCUAGCUCUAGCUCUUCUGGAGACUUACAGAGACAUCAUACUCUCAAACGGAAUGGAUUUCACAGACAUAAUAAAGUUUUUUAACGAGAUGGCUGAGAGACAUGAUGCCAAAUCAGUACUGGAUCUCGCGAAAGAUUUGGUUCUACAGUUACAACUCCUAAUAGAAAAUAAAUAAGUGGAAAAUCGAUUUCAUAAAUUAGGCAAAUGUAUGUAGAAAGAUAAAUAAUUUUAUUCACACAUCUACAUAUUUUAAAUUCAACUAUGUAGCACAAAUACUGUAAAAAUAUAGCACGAACUAUUUUUUGUGAUAAAAAUAUAUAUAUAUAAAAAAUACUAUAUAUACCUCAAAUAAAAAUAACAAACAUAUUUUAAG